ACUAACAAAGGAAGCAACACACUCUCUCUCUCUCUCUCUCUCAAAACCAACUCCCCUCUCGAUCAAAAUCACAUGCUGCUGUGUGUUUCCGCACCUACAACGUACGCGAUACCUCUGUAAAUAUCUAUCUCCACACACUUUAUAGUGUAGAUACUGUAUAUUUAUCUGUAGAGAGAGUGUGUGUGUGUUGGGAGAGUGGGCGCGUGUGUGUAUACGAAUAUGCAGAGAUUCAGCGGGAUCCAGGCAAUGGAGGUGGCGCCGGCGGAUCCGGUGGCGGAAUGGGCGGCGCCGGGCGGGGAAACAGGGCUUGAAGAGCCUAUGUGGCAAUUGGGGCUCGGUGGAGGGCCCGAAGCGUACCCGGAGAGGCCCGAUGAGCCCGAUUGCAUCUAUUACUUGAGGACUGGUUUCUGUGGAUACGGCAAUCGCUGCCGGUUCAAUCAUCCCCGGGAUCGUGGCAAGGCAAUGGGAGCUCUUAGAGCUGGUGGAGGUGAGUACCCGGAACGUGUUGGCCAACCAAUCUGUCAGUACUACAUGCGGGCAGGAAUGUGUAAAUAUGGUGGUUCCUGCAAGUAUCAUCAUCCAAAGCAAGGAGUUGGAUCUUCAGCCCCUGUGGCACUGAAUUUUUAUGGAUAUCCUCUGCGACCGGGAGAAAAGGAAUGUUCAUAUUAUGUAAAGACAGGGCAGUGCAAGUUUGGUGCCACCUGUAAAUUUCAUCAUCCACAGAUGGCCGGGAUACCAAUGCCAGCCCCUGGUCCUGGGUCUUUCACUGCUUCAGCAGCUAUGCCCACACCAGCUAUGUAUCCAACUGGACCGUCUCCUGGCCAUCAAUCUUCUCAACAAUAUGGGGUUAUUCAAGGCAACUGGCCAGUUGCCAGGCCUUCCAUGCUUCAAGGCUCUUAUGUUCCUGGAAGUUACAGUCCCAUGAUCCUUCCCCCUGGAGUUGUUCCUGUUCCUGGCUGGACUCCCUAUUCGGCACCUGUUAGUCCGGCAGCCUCACCAAGUACUCAGCAAACAAUUGGGGCAGGCCCGGUUUAUGGGAUAACACAAUUGUCUCCUUCCGCUACUGCCUAUACAGGACCAUACCUUUCCAUUACAUCUUCUGCUGGCCCCUCAGGCGGCAUUCAAAAAGAACAAGCAUUUCCGGAAAGACCUGGCCAACCAGAAUGUCAGUACUAUUUAAGGAAUGGGGACUGUAAAUUCGGAGCUACAUGUAAAUAUCAUCAUCCACCUGAGUGGAGUGCAUCAAGGACCAAUUACAUGCUUAGCCCAAUGGGUCUGCCACUACGCCCAGGUGCACCUCUUUGUUCUCACUAUGCACAGAAUGGAGUGUGCAAAUUCGGGCCCUCUUGCAAAUUUGAUCAUCCGAUGAGAUCUCUGAGCUACAGCCCUUCUGCAUCCUCUCUGACCGACAUGCCAGUUGCUCCUUACCCGGUGGGAUCCACAAUUGCAACUCUGGCCCCAUCAUCCUCAUCAUCAGAUCUAAGGCCCGAGCUGCUUUCCGGGCUCAGCAAAAACACACUGUCGUCACAAAUGUCUUCUUUGAGCAGCUCAAGUGGAUCAGUUGGCUCAGUAUUCUCAAACACCGAGGCUCUUCCUCAGUCAUCUGUUCAGCAGUCUGGGCAGGGAUCGGUCUCUUCAAGUGGUGGCAGUAGCGCAAGUCAUGGUGGUGAGGCACACACAUCAAGCUGAAGUGGAAGGGGCCUAAUCAAGCAACUUCCACAAAGCAAAGCUCAAGUUUUUGGGUGCCAGCAACCUUCAUCCUCUCAGGUCUUAGCACAACCUUAGCUACGUCCAUCACUGUUCAUAAAUAUCACAUGGCCGUCCCCUUUUGAAAUAAGCCAUACAUAUACCUCUCAAAAGAUCUAGAAAAAUCAUUAGCUUUUCAACUUAGUCUUUCAAUGACAUAAAAGCCCAAAGCCUCCCUCCCCCCACAGCUUAAUUCUCGCCCGCUGCUCGAAUUUCGGAGCUUGUUGCCUAUUUAUGCUGUCUUUUCCGGAACGGGAAAGAUGAGUCAUCGCAUUCUUCAAAUCUGGAUAUAAUUACACCUCUUUCAUCCCAACUUGAUCUCCAAGUGAGCAUGCUUCUUCUGCUUCCCUUUUUUUGCUUGGGGAUCUUAUUCUCGAUCGAUAAACUCAGUCGGAAGUACAGAAGCAUUUUAUGCUUCCCUUGUAUGUAAGAUAUGUAGUUAUGUACUGUAUAUUAUAUUUGAAUGCUGCUCAUAAAUUAUCCAUCAAAUAAUUCAGAGUAGAUCAAGUUGUUUCUUGUA